AUACAACGACGGUAGCCGCAGUGGCCUCCCACUACCAUCUACCCACCCGGUGGUCCGCCAGGCGUCUAUCCACCCAUAUCAGUCGUGUUUGAUAAUCCAUCCAGGUAGCCUCGCUAUAAAUAUAUUACAUAUUAUGGAGGAAAGCGUAAUAAGUGCCGUUUAUAAAAGAAGGGCAAUUUGGGACCCAGCAGACCCACUACGGAAAAAUUCAAAAAUAUUGACUACACUGUGGGAAAAGGCAGCCCUCGAAGUUGGAUCAGAUAUAAAAACGGUGAAGGGGAAAUGGAAAAAUCUACGGGCCUACUUCACAAAGGAGCUGCGCAACAUUUCGCAUCCGAAAUCUGGAUCUGGAGGUGGCGAAAAUGUCACGAGCUCAUGGUCAUAUUUCAAACAAAUGAUGUUCCUGAAAGACAUUAUUGUGGGUUCUGAAGAGCUUCGAGAUUCCAAUAUUGGAUCGCAAGUAUACAGUGCUAACCAAAAUCCAGCAGAAACUGGCGUAUUAAGUGAACUGACGGUCUCAGUUGACCAAACUAGCUAUGAGUCCGACAGUACGCUUGUUGAGAUCCUAAGUCCACCUUCAACAUCCUCAACUCAUACUGAUCUCAGUUCUCCAGGGAGUCUCUUGGACACAUCUACAGAUAGAUGCCGUGCAAAUAAACGUAAAUUGUCCCAUACGGUGAGAGAUGCCAGCAACAAAAAAUUUAAUGAUGAGCUCGUUAAGAUAGAAAACAAAAAAUUGGCACUUCUGGAAAAAGAAAUUAACUCCGAGGAAGAUCCAGAUUUGUGUUUCUUCAAGAGUUUAGUCCCAUAUAUGCGAGAAUUAAGUCCAGGUAAUAGGCUCAGAGUUCGUGGGAAAAUUCAAGACCUUAUCCUGGAUGAAUACGAAAAAAGAAAUUUGUUCGUGGGAGCUCUUCAAUGUGGCAACUCAUCAUUAUCAAAUACUGAUGUUCCAGGCUUUUCGAUGGAACAACAAUCGUAUGGUAGACCAUCUACAUUUCAACCCCAAGAUCCUUCUUUUCAUAACUUGUAAAUCAAUAUAUUAGUGCUUAUGUUGUAAUGUUUAUUUUAAAUGAUUAUGUUUUAAUGUUUUUUCGAU